GAAGGAAGGGGGACCCGGAAGUGGAGGGGCCCCCCCGGGUGGAAGUGACGCCACCCCCGCGGCCCAAAAUGUCGGCGCCCAGAGGGAGGUAGAUGCCCCAGGCAGGGCACGUGCAGAUCCCAAGCCAUGGAGGACAGCGCUGUGGACGGACCCCUCCCUGCGGCCGGCCCGGCCCCGGCCCCGGCCCCGGCCCCUCCCGUGGCCCCCCGGGUGCCCUUCCACUGCAGCGAGUGCGGGAAGAGCUUCCGCUACCGCUCCGAUCUGCGGCGCCACUUCGCGCGGCACACGGCUCUCAAGCCCCACGCUUGCCCCCGCUGCGGCAAGGGCUUCAAGCACAGCUUCAACCUGGCCAACCACCUGCGCUCUCACACCGGCGAGCGGCCCUACCGCUGCUCCGCCUGCCCCAAGGGCUUCCGCGACUCCACGGGCCUCCUCCACCACCAGGUGGUCCACACGGGUGAAAAGCCUUAUUGCUGCCUGAUUUGUGAGCUCCGCUUCUCCUCCCGCUCCAGCCUGGGCCGUCAUCUGAAGCGCCAGCACCGGGGGAUGUCCCCCCCCACGCCCGCAGGCUUGGGCCCGUCCGGCUUAGUGCCGGGCCUCCUUCCCACUUUGGGGCCCCCGGUCCCAGGCCCAUCCUGCAGCGCCUGUUCUGACGAGGGGCCCUGCGUGGCCUGUGGGGGCGGCCCGGAGCCCCCGGGUCCCGGGCCGGGCUCCUGGGUGGGGGGCUGGGGGACCGGGGGGACGGGCCCGUUUGUCUGCGGGGCCUGUGGCCGAUGCUUCCUGGCGGGGGCCGAGCUGGCCUCCCAUUGGGCUGCUCACACAGAUGUGAAACCCUUCAAGUGCCCCCGCUGUGAGCGCGACUUCAAUGCCCCGGCCCUGUUGGAGCGCCACAAGCUCACCCAUGAUCUCCAAGGAUCCUGGCCUGGGCCUGAGGGCAGGGAGGGUGGAAUGGAGGCUCCUGAGGAUCCCCAGGAGCUCCCCUCUGAGGAGCCUCAGGAGUUCUCCGAGGGGCCCCAAGAGUUCCCCUCAGAGGAUCUCCAGGAGUUUCCCUCCGAGGAACCCCAGGAGUUCCCAGAAGGGCCCCAGGAGUUCCCCGAGGGGCCCCAGGAGUUCCUUUCUGAGGAACCCCAAGAGUUCACUUCAGAGGAACCCCAAGAGUUCACCUCAGAGGAUGUUCAGGAGUUCCCUGAAGAGGAUCUCAGUGAGUUCCCCACUGAGGAGCCCCAGGAGUUCCCUCUGGAGGUAGCCCCAGAGGUAUCCCAGGAGGCCCCCGUGGAGGAAGCUGAGGAGGUAUCCCAGGAGAUACCCGUGGAGGUGCCCGUAGAGGUAUGCCAGGAGAUACCCGGGGAGGAGGCCCCGUUCCCCGUGGCCGCUGAUCUGGGCGAGGCCUCGGAGGAGACCCUGUACCAGUGCGACUGCGGGACCUUCUUUGCUUCCGCGGCGGCCCUGGCCGCCCACCUGGAUGCCCACUCGGGCCCGGCUUCCUGCGUCUGUGGGGUGUGCGGGGCGGUCUAUGGGGCGGUGGCGGCCCUGGAGGAGCACCACCACGGGAGCCACGGGGCCGGGCCUUCUCCGGGGGGGCCCCCCGCCGGCUCGGGCCGCACCCCCGCGGCUCUGGCGGCGGCGGCGGCCGGGAAGAAGGUGUUCAGCUGCUCCGAGUGUGAGAAGCUCUUCCGUUCCCCGAGGGACCUGGAGAGGCAUGUGCUGGUCCACACUGGGGAGAAGCCCUUCCCGUGCCUGGAGUGCGGGAAGUUCUUCCGGCACGAGUGCUACCUCAAGCGGCACCGGCUGCUGCACGGGCCCGAGCGGCCCUUCCCCUGCCACGUCUGCGGCAAGGGUUUCAUCACACUCAGCAACCUCUCCCGUCACCUGAAGCUUCACCGAGGGAUGGACUGAGCAGCCCGCCGUCCCGGAGAUCCUCCCGGCCUGAGUGGGACCAAGGGAACCUUGGAAUUGGAGGGGGAGAGGGCUCCUGGUCUGGAGGGACCCCAGAGAUGGAGGUUGGGGCCCCUGAGACCCCCCGAGCAUGAGGACGGGGCUGUCGGGCCGGGGGAGGGAAAUGGAAAUCUGGGCAAGCUUAGGGAGCCGGCCCCGCAGCCCCUGCCCCGGGCACGGCCCCCGAGCCCGGCCAGCUGGCCGGGCACCUUGCCUUCUUCACUCUCCAGGAAGGGCCUCCAAGCCAACUGACCCCCGAGGAGGGAGGAUGGGCCGGGGCCCCAGGGAAGGGGCUGAGCCUGGUGCCCCUGCCCAGCCCAGCCCAGCCCCCCUCAGAGCUGCUCAUGCAAGGUGGAUUAGACUAACCCUGCUGCACCCCUCUUCCCCAAGGUGGACUGCUCUGAAUGGACAGAACCAAUCCUCCGGAUAAGGCUUUCACCUCAUUCCCCUCCCUCCCCGGACCAGUCUAGUCUGUCUCCCUCACCCCCUUAGAAUGAAUUAACCGAGUUUGUCCUUAUGUAGAAUGUGGACUGGUUCGCAGCCUAGUGCCCCCUCUCUUGUCCCCUGCCCCCAUCCCCAUCCUUCCCACAAGGAGUGGGCUUCUCCAGCCUGGGAAUACCCCCUUUCGCCUCGUGGGCUUCGGGUCUCUGUCUCUCCCGUUUGUGUCUGUCUCUGUGUCUCCCCAGGGCGGGGGGACUCAUCUGGAGGGCCUCAUGUGUGCGCAUCUGCUUCCCCACGCCCUCCGGACCCUUAAUAAACUGGCCUGAUACUC